AUGUCCUUCACUCACAAAGAAAAACCUGACACUUUGGUGUUGUUCGAUGUCGACGGCACGUUGACGCCCGCCAGAUUGGUCAUUUCCGACGAAAUGAGAGACACCUUGAAGGCCUUGAGAAAGAAGGUGGUGAUUGGUUUCGUUGGCGGCAGUGACUUGUCGAAACAGGUGGAGCAGCUUGGCGACACUGUGUUGCAGGACUUUGACUACUGUUUUUCGGAAAACGGGUUGACCGCUUAUAAGUUGGGCAAGGAGCUUGCGUCCCAGUCGUUUAUCAACUGGAUUGGCAAUGACAAGUAUAACAAGCUUGUGAAGUUUAUCUUGAGACACUUGGCUGAUAUUGAUAUCCCAGUGAGAAGAGGUACAUUUAUUGAGUUCAGAAACGGUAUGAUUAACGUUUCGCCUGUGGGAAGAAACGCUUCUACUGAAGAGAGAAACGAGUUUGAGAAGUUUGACGCUCAGCAUAAGGUCAGAGAGACCCUUGUCAAUGCGCUUAAAGAGAACUUUUCCGAUUACGGCUUGACUUACUCUAUUGGUGGCCAGAUCUCGUUUGACGUGUUCCCUACCGGUUGGGAUAAGACUUAUGCUCUUCAGCACGUUGAAAGUGAGGGUUUCAAGGAGAUCCACUUCUUUGGCGACAAGGCCUACGAGGGCGGUAACGACUGGGAGAUCUACUCCGACCCAAGAACCAUUGGCCACGCUGUCAAGGCUCCUUCCGACACCAUCAGAAUCUUGAAGGAGACUUUCGACUUGUAG